AUGGCCUGCUCUAGUGAUGAGAACAGCGAAAACCUUUCGCAAAGUGAUCGACACCAAGUGCACGAUUUCAUCAGUCGACGUAAGGAUAAAGAGCUCAGCGUUCUGAGUCUUGCUGAUACUCCCCUUUCUGCAUUUUCGACGAAGUUAGACGAUUAUUUGUCGGUGUUACAUGGGGCUGGCAGUAUUGCUUUCGGUCGUGGAGAAGAGCUCACCAGCGUUCGCUUAAGCAAGAGUGUGGAACGUCUCUUUUCAACUGCAGUACCCUUCAUAAAAGAGGGAACGCCGCUGAGUUGGACAGCAAUUAUCCUCUUUGCCGGGCCCCAGUUUGAGGGCUCAUCACAAUUUAGUGUCGGUGGAAGUAAGGUUGAACUGUCAGUUCAUGACCUGGAAUUACUCCGCUCCGGCCGACCUUGGCGUUUCCUUUCCCCUUGGCCUGAUAGAAAUGACUACAAAAAGGAACUACAAUCAUGUGAAGUGACAUUACAUGAGCUCGAUGAUACUCGGCGCGAAGUGAAUGAAGUCCUUGAGAAAGUCUCCCUCGUUGAGCAGUAUCUUCGAAACCAUCGUGAUAAGGUUACUCAAUCUUCUCAAGAUCAAUUGCUUAACUCGAAUCCUGGAAAUAGUCCUGGACUUGAUAUAACUCAGGGUCCUGUCCUUUGCCAAAGCUUGACCAAAGAUCUUCAAGAUCAACCUGUGUGUGACCAGCGUCCACUCCGCGUUCCAACGGAUCUCCAUUGUCCAAAUAGCGACCAAAAACGUCCGCCAUUCAAUGGAGCCUCAUGCGAUCAGCCUUCAAUAGGGAACAAUCUUGCUGGAAAUGGCACUCCGCGAAGUAUUACACCAUCAGCCAAUGGUGCCGGUGAAGGAAACAGGUUACAUGACUCUGAUUUCAUCCAGAGCCUCAGUGAAUUAUGCGGAACAAAAUUGCUCAAGACAUUGUGUUCUCAAUUAACUUGUACAAGUAUACUUGACGAGCCAGCGAAUGAAGAAGCAAUGCGUUGGUCGGAAGACGGACGAUCUGUCUGGAUUGCCCAGGAAAGCGAAAUUCCACCGAACAUUCUUGAUCAACUCUCCGCAAAAAGCUAUCAAUCCUUCAUUCGGCGGCUUUAUUAUCAUGGUUUUCACAAAUCUGGGGCAGUCUACCAUCAUGAUCUUUUCAUUCGCGGUCAGCCCAGCUCCAUACAACCGCCUCGGCGGGUAAGCUAUGGUCUUUCAGCCUCAUUACCUCUGCCGAAUAGCACACCUAUGCAUGGACCUCGCUACAAGAUAAUAAAGAAGAGAAGACGGCCAAAUGAAAGAGCUUGA